AUGUUUGUUAAUGUUUUAGUGCUUUAUAAAGAAGGACCAUCCUUUUAUCACGCUUCUUAUAUUGUCAUAGUCGAAGUUGCGGAUGCGGACUCGUUAAUUUUAGAUCCUGCAUCCAAUCGAUCCGUUACAUGGAAUAGUUUAUUCGGAUUGGAAAGGCUGUCCGAAACUGCCGCGAAGGAGAUACUUUUCGCACAAGUUUUAUGGCCGUCAUCUGUAUCUCAGGAUAUCAGCACGACCAGUCCCGAAAUACUUUCUGAAUUUACCGUGAGGGAAUUAUUGUGGCGUCGAUGGAAUCCAAAUCAACACCGGGAAGAUGUUCCUACUGAGGAAGAGGACGACGACUCCUACUGA